ACCUUCUAAAAAUCAAUGGACACACCAAUUAAAAUAUAUUCAAAACUGAAAAAAUGAGCAAAUAAAACUUACAUUUUUCUUAAAAAAAAUGGCAGCCAAACUGGCUUUCUCCUCUUCUCUUAUCACUCAGACACAUGUUUUGCCCUAUUUAUUACCAUCAUAUUCCCCUCUAACCUUAGUUUCCCCAAAGAAAAGAGUUCAUCAAUUCAAAAUCAAUGCCUCAAGUGGAGAAGAAGGAGGAGAAUUAAAGCCGAAAGAGAAGAAAAAGUUUAUUACAAGAGAACAAGAACCUGAACAGUAUUGGCAAACAGCAGGAGAAAGAGAAGGGGAGAAUCCGAUGAUGACACCUCUGCCAUAUAUCAUAAUUUUUGGCAUGUCAACUCCAUUUGUGAUCCUAGCCAUUGCUUUUGUUAAUGGUUGGAUUAAGGUACCAAUCCGAUGAGAAAUUAUAGCAAGAUCAAUGACAUUAUUGUUGGUUUUGGUUCAGUUUAUAUAAUGCAGUCAUUUCUGUCAAAGACAUGAGUAUAUAUAUGUAUUUGUACACUAACUUUGAUUACCUAUCUUAUGCAUAUUCUUCAAAACCAA